AUGGGAUCUUUAUACCGGCGUGUGGCUGUGAGUGCGUCGCUUUUCGCAGUCGCGACAGCCCAGAUCAGGGUUCGUCUGAGCCCGUCCACCGUGAACACCCUCGCGGAACCCGACUUUCACACCUGGGCCAUUGAAAACGAAAGCCAGAAUGCGUCCACGACGAUUGACUCGCUCGACUUGACGUUGUCUGUGUCGUCCGAUUCGGACUUAGAGGGCAACAGCUACAAAUAUCAAUAUACGCGGCCCGUCUCCCAUCUCGGCGAAAGAGUCGUCAACCAAGGGAUUACCACCUCCAGUGACAACCCCGGACCGAUUACGUUGACUAUCCAAGGCUUGGAAGCAGGGGAGCACACCCUGUUGACAUGGCAUAAUGCCUGGGACAAUUUGGACUCCGCUGCCACAAUUUCGGUGUCGGUGGACGGUGAGGACAAGGCGUCGGAAAUUGAACAGUCCAUUCGCGUGGAUAACAUUUGGGAGACCGCCACAUCUUAUGUGACAUUUACUGUGGACUCGGUCGAUCAACCGGUGGAAGUCAUGUACACAGCCUCCAGUGCUGAUGGACUUGUCUAUCUCAACGGCUUCGAGGUUGACACCCCUGCCUUGAAAGACCAAAUUUCAUUCCCUGCCCCAUCGCAUCGUGAUGAGCACCUGCAGCUGGGCGAUGACGAUAGCAUCACAGCAACCUGGAGAGCACCGUCCUCUACGGAUGCGGUCACUUACAAUGUCUACAUGGGAAACUCGUCCGAUGCCCUUAAUGUUGUAGAAGAAGGGCUGAGUGAAACACAGGUAACCCUAUCAGGGCUGAACACAAUGGACACUUUCUACUGGCGUGUGGAUGUGAUUUCUGGCAGCAGCACAUACACAGGUCGGAUAUUCCUGUUUCGGCUUGCGCAGUUAGCAUUUCCGGGAGCGGAGGGAUACGGUCGCUUUGCCCGUGGCGGUCGCGGGGGCAAAGUCAUCAAGGUCACCAGCCUGGAGGACAGUGAAGAGCCGGGAACACUGCGUUACGCGCUGGCAGUCGCGACUGGUCCCCGGAUUGUCGUGUUCGACGUGGGAGGCGUCAUCACGAUCAAUUCACGCCUCACGGGCAUCGCCGUCCAAGGCCAUCCGCUGGGUCUCUCUGGUGCAUCAGACGUGAUCUUCAGGCAUGUGCGUGUCAGACCAGGAAGUAGCUCGGGCGAGACGGUCGAUGGCAUGGGCAUGGCAGGAUCGAAUUACUGCAUUCUUGAUCGCUGUUCAAUGGGGUGGGGAAUCGACGAGUGCUUCUCGUCCCGCACGGCGCAUAACAUCACCUUCCAGCGAAACAUGAUCUCGGAGCCCCUCAACGUCGCGGGACACAAGAACUAUCCUGAAGGGACCGCUCAUGGGUAUGCAGCAACCAUUGGGGGCGACGUGGGCUCCUUCCACCAUAACCUGAUUAGCCAUGCGGAAGGCCGAAGCUGGAGCAUGGGUGGCGGUGUCGACGACAACUCGACCUUUGCUGGCCGCCUCGAUAUUCGGAAUAACGUGGUGUACAACUUCGGCUCGCGGGUUACUGAUGGCGGUGCGAAGGAAGUGAAUUUCGUGGGUAAUCUGUACAAGCAGGGGCCUGCGAGUAAACUAACAUAUGCCCUGCAAGCGACGUACGAAGAUAACUUGCCCGGAACCCAGCAAUAUCACUGUGCUGGAAAUUCGAUGCCCGACGUAUUUGACCAGGAUUCCGUGCAAUACCCAUCAGGGGAUGGUACCGGUCAGACCUCAAAGAUCGCCUGCUAUGCAGACGUCAGUAUUGACCCGGCACCUGAGUACCAAAAGUUCUUCGAUGAGCCUUUCUUUCCGUCAUACAUCGAAGAGCAUACGUCUACAGAAGCCUACAAGCGUGUGCUCUCGGACAGUGGCGCCAGUCAGCCCGUCGUCGAUGACCACGACAAGCGUAUCAUCCAGGAGACCCUGAAUGGAACGGCCACGUACAGCGGCUCGAAAACCGGCAAGCCGGGUCUAAUCGACAACGAAGCAGAUGCCGGUGGACUGGAAGACUUCCCGACGACUACGCGGCCGACAAGUUGGGACGCCAACGACGAUGGCAUUGCCGACUGGUGGGACGGCUCCACUGGCGGAGGUGGGUAUACGGCGAUCGAAGGCUACAUCAAUUUUAUGGCGGAGCCGCAUGUGUUUGUGGCUCCAGGGGCAUCGGUCAAGUACGACUUGGCCGGCCUGGCCGCCGGAUUUUCCAAUCCAGCUUUUAAGGUAUCCGGCGGGGAGUUGGGCUCGGUCUCUGUAGACGGUACAGUGGCAACGUACACUGCGGGUGACCAGGCCGGGGUGGACCGGUUCAAUGUGACCAUCUCAGAUGAUGAGGACAGUACCUGGGAGAGGUCAGUGGGUGUCGCGAUCUUUGACGACGCUGGGUCGGUAGAAUGA